UUCCCUUUUGGGGGAUAUAUUCUCCCAACUGGCUCAACCCCACCAACCUUUUUCCUCUAGCUUAUAAGGAUCUCCCUUUGGUUAUCUCUUUCCCAUACCGCUUCUUGACUAAAAAAAAAAUCCAUCUAUUCCCUUCCAUCCUUCUUCCAGGUUUCACUCUAGUCUCGCUUGCAUUCUCAAUUGAACACUGCCUACUUCAUAAUCAUAUUUCCUCUGUGUCCACCAAGUAAGUCUGAUUUCCCCCUAAUGGCAUCACGUAGCUCUAGCUCAUCUUGGACGCCAAAGCAAAACAAACUAUUUGAGAAGGCCCUCGCUAAAUAUGACAAGGACACCCCAGAUCGCUGGCAGAAUGUGGCAAAGGCUGUUGGAGGAAAAUCAGCUGAGGAGGUCAAGCACCACUAUGAGAUCCUAAUUAGGGAUGUCAGAGACAUUGAGAAUGGCCGUUAUCCCUAUCCAAAUUACAACUCAAGUGGAAGCAGUGACGAAGCAUGAAAGCAAAGUUUCCUGCAGAACAAGAUCAAACAAGAGAGCCUUCUUCUGCAGAACUGAGAAAUAUUGCUAUAUAUCCAUAAAAAUAUUAUCGGGAAAAAAAAAAUCCCCCCAUGCUGUAUUCCUGUUGUCAUACCCCGCUCUCCCACUUUUUCUUCUCCAGUGUGUAAUUAAAUGUUGUAUUAUGGAUGUAAUAUUGAAUGUUAUAUUAAGCAAAACUAUUUACUUGUAUACUGUAUUAAAUAAUUAUAUUAACC